UGCGGAAGUGCAAUGAAAUCAUAAAGCAUAUAUGUAUUUUGUGAUUUGGUUGUCAUUUACGUCCAAAAUCAGAUCAAUAAUUCUUCUCCCGACUAGUUGUUUCAAAAUAAAAACCCAUCAAAAUGGUGCCAGAGUCUGGUCCCCUCGUAACAACGUCGAAGCGGCGCGUGGUGUAUCGGCGGAGCACCUGGGCCGUUCACGAGUUCGAGGUAUGGAGCGGUGAGCUGGUGUGUCGCGUUGCCGCGCUGCGCAUGAAGGGCUCCAUGCUGCUGUGGCUCGGUGGCACUAUCCCGGAGCUGGGAGAGCUGGCGUUAGGUCUGCCGGUUUCCGAACGGGGCGCGCUGGCAACCUCGCUGAGCGACGAGAAAGCUGGCGACGGCGCAGCCGGCCUAGCACGGCGUCUAGCACUCGCCUUACAGCGUCCAGUGUGGGUGGCUGCAUCACUCCCCUUUGACCGUUUUUCAGCGCCGCUUAUUGCACGCGGACUGGUUAAGGAGAUAAAGAGUCGCCCGGAUUUCUUUAAGGAGCCUUGAAGACGUGGUAAAUAAGUUGAGUGCUAACUGCACUGUCUUGGGGAGAGAAGUGGGACUGUGGGAUGAAAUUGGUGUCUCUAUAUUAUGGGAGCAUUUAUUGGUCUGAGGUCUAUGGUAGAAGAUAUUGUUAAUUACAAACUAAUUGUGAAAUUACAUUUAUCCAUUUUGACUGCUGUAAAAAAAAGAUUUAACUCUCAGCUAGCUGAAUUCUGACUCCAAAUCUCCAAACCAAAUAAGCGAGUGCCAAACUACUACUAUAUAUUUUCCAUAUAAUCUAGUUUGUGAAAAGAAGGCACAGUCCAGUGGUAAAGUGAGGCCCUCUGGUCAAAAAGUUUAGAGACCAUACAUUUAAGUAUCAUAAUAUAGUUCAUUUGUUUUAGCAUUAGAAAGAAGGUAAGCGAUCGAACUAUAGCCAUAGGCAAUUAUUUAACAUUACUUAUAUCAAAUUAUAAAAAGACUAAGCCUUUAUUCAAAAUUCAUGUGAUUUUAGCCAUUUUGGCACUGUAGGUAGGUUGAUAUUAUUAUGAAAUAUUUAAUACCUCCUUAUAAUAUACAAGAACUCCUUAUAAUAGUUAUAAUAUAUAACAAUUAUACUCUGUCUGUAAUAAUCUGAUACCAUAUGCAAUGUUUAAUGGAUACCUAA